AUGAAUCCGAUAAUCCGGAGAGGAAUCACACAUCAAUUCAAACUUUCGGAUAUUUCAAACAAAGGAACAUAUUCAGGAACUUUUGAAACGGACAAAUUGAAAUGGUAAGGAAUAUUUUAAUCUGAGCAAUUCUGGGAAAAUUACCGAAGUUGGAAUUUUUCUAUUUUUCGUUAAUCUGAGCAAUGCAAAAAAACAUUUCAAUUUUUCUAGGAAAAUCCACCUCGGAAUCGACACAACAAAUGGUAAAAAACAAACAUUUGUUCGCCUGAUUUAUUGCUCCGAAAAUGCUCAAGAUUCUCGCUGGAUUUGUGACGUCACCGCAAGUAUCGCCAUCUCAAAAAAACACCCGCAAAAUCAGAAAAUGGCGGAAAAUUUGGUGACAUGUUUCUAUGGUGUCGACGGUUUAUCAAGAAAUGUAUAUUUUCCAACAAAACUCACCAAAAUACUCGGAUUUUUCGAAAGAGAUCACACAAUUUAUAUUAACCUCGAGAUGCAUUUUAAAUAUUUCGAUUUUUCCCAACAAAUUCCCAAUUUCACAGAUCUCAAAUUAUUGGCCAGAGAUAAUACCGAAUUUCAUGUGAAUAAAGGAGUGAUUUGUGCAAAGUCCGAAUUUUUCUAUGACAUGUUUGUUAAUCAAAAUCCGGCGGAGAAUAAUUAUCAGUUUUUCGAUGUUUCUUUGCCAUCUAUUGCCUAUUUUUUGGCUUUUUGCUAUUCGAGUUUGGAUGGUUUUAGUGAGUUAAUUAAUUACUAAUUGAAUAGCAAGUUAAUUUUGCAGCCGAUGUAAUGGAAACAAUCCAUUUGGCAUCAUUUUACCGUGUUUCUUCGCUUCGUUUAAAAUGUGAAAAAUAUUAUAUUGACUCGAAAAUUAAAUGCAAAUUGGAGCGAAAAUUGUGGAUUGCUGAGACUUUUGGAUUGGAACAAGUUAUGGUAAGUUAGCCGGGAAUUAUGAAUUUCUUCAAAUUUUGAUCUCAAAAAUUCCUCUUUUUCAGACGCACGCCCUAAAAUCCGUCAAAUGCCGCCAAGAGCUCAAAGCUCUCCAAAAAACUCCAGAAUUCACCAAAUUCACCGAUUCGACAAAAUGUCGCAUUUUGGCACGUCUUCUCGAACUUGUCUGA